UUUUAGCUCUCUCGCAAGAAGAUCCUGCAUUUCCUCCGAUGGAGAUCUGAUAAGCGUGGAAUGAGGUAAUUCGUUUUUAGUUUUCUCUCUUUCAUUUUCCUGUUUGGUUGCUCGGAAAAGUUCAGUUUCUGAAUCAAGGCAAUAGGAAAAGUAAGUUUCUUCUCUUUACAAGAUUUACUAAGCUCUUACUAAGCUUGACUAUUUGUUCGAUUUUUGGAAAUGAGUUGGGAUCCACAUAUGGAGGUUCAAUACAUCAACAAUAAUUACCCUUAUAAUAGUGCUGGCAGCUUUAUGGAAUAUUUUGAAGGUCUUACUUAUCAACAUGUCAAUUUUAUUUUUGACGGUGCUACCCAUGUCCAGGAGAGUGUGUACCCAUCUAUGACUUCAAGAUUCUACAAGUUUGGCCUAUCUGAUUCUGGCAGUAUUUUGUAUUAUGAUCAAGAUAAUGAUCAUAGUUACGAGGUGAAUAACCAUGAGCUAUGCAUUGAUGAAUAUAGAAGGGCAUCAGAGAAUUCCUCGUCAAUGAGUAAUCAACACACUGCUGCAAUGAAUGUGGAAUGGGAAAGAAACUCAAAUGCCAACUCGCUAGAGAACUCAGUAGAUUGUCCAGGGAGACAACAUAAUGCUCAUGAUUACCAGGCCAUAUGGCAAGAUUGUGUUGAUCCCGACACCAUGUCAUAUGAGGAAUUACUUGAAUUAGGCGAGAGUGUUGGAACACAAAGUCGUGGUCUCUCCCAAGAACUUAUUUCUUUGCUACCUGUUUCAAAAUACAAGCGCAGUUUGUUCUCAAGGAAGAAAUCAAGGAAUGAGAGAUGUGUAAUUUGCCAGAUGGAAUAUAAAAGAGGUGAGCGACGGAUUACUCUACCUUGCAAACAUGUCUACCAUGCUGGAUGUGGCACCAAAUGGCUUAGCAUCAAUAAGGCUUGCCCUAUAUGUUAUACAGAGGUGUUUGGCGACGGAUCAAACAUUAAGGGAUAAUCACGAUGAACAUAAAGAAAAUAUAUGGUAUGCUUUUUAU